UUAAGUGCUACUUUUCAGCGGCUCAACACGAGAGCAACCAGUUCAGUUGGACUCCGUCACCUCAGCGGAAGCACAAAGAUUCUGCGUCUCCCUCAAUCUGGGAGGGAUCUCCAUUGUCCAAUUCUCUUGUGCUAAUGUGAAUAAGAAAAAAUACAAUAGUAAGAAAAGAAAAAAAAAAUCCAUAGUGGGUGCAGUGCUCAAAAGAAUUUUGUGGACAGGUGAAGAAGGUACAAAGAAGCAAUAAUAAGAAGAAAUAUUCCAAAAGGGAAAUUUCUUGUGUGCACUCGAUGUGUGAUUGCGUGGAAAAGAGCUGACUUAGCAGGGAAUUGGAGCCUUACCUGAUACCCAAGUGAGGUGCUUUCAAAAAUCACCUGGGCAGUCGCAUUGAGAAGAAUUCCAGCAUAUAACGGUAGCUUCCGGAGUGCGAAAGGUGGAAAUAUUUGGCGAAAAUCGCACCGUGUGUGACCACCAGUUCUCUUUGAUGGGUUCACUUGUGAUACGAGCAACAUAGCAAUAUGAACUUCUUGAGCCGUUUCAACCUAGUCAUUUUAUUAGAAUUAGUGAUAUACAAUUUAUCAAAAGUCUAUUCCCAUGUAAUUAUUAGUAAUUACAAUGCUCUUGAUGGUGGACUCGACGGAGGUCAAGAUGUCAUCUGGGACGCCCACAAUAUUUCAAGUCUUCCACGCAGUGUAACCCCUAUUUUGACACCCUCCAAUCAUACCCACACACCACCGCCGAUUCCCGGUGAUGAUUACGAUCUCCUGAGGCGACUCAAAGAGGCAGCACGACGGGAUGAUGUGGGUGAUGAGCGGAUGCUGUGGAAUGAUGCAACACCUGACAGUACACUGUACCCGCCGCUCGUGGAAAAAGCCCUGAAGCUGUUUAAUCUCAAACAGGUGGCUUAUGAAAUUGAGACAAGUGUAAUGUCAAAGGUGUCCUGUACUGCUUGCAAAGCAGGUGCUGGACUCCUACAGCACUACAUAAAGACAGGACGCACCAAGGAGGAGAUCAUUAAGACAAUCUUCCACUACUGUGUCUACCUGAAGAUUCAGAGUCGGCGUGUUUGCGAGGGUGUAAGCCAGCUUUUUGGGGUUGAAGUGAUCUACGUGCUGGAACGCGUAACAAUUGGUCCCGAUGAGAUUUGUAGCUUUGUAAUUGGGGAUGCAUGUGGUGACGUCUACAAUCCCUACCAUGAGUGGGAGGUGGCUUUCCCGCCAGUUGCAAAACCUGAUCCAAAAGAAAUUCCCCUGCCAAAGGAAGGAGCGCCCCUGUUCAAGGUUCUUCAUCUCUCGGACACGCACUACGAUCCGUACUACGCUCAGGGUUCCAAUGCGGAGUGCAAUGAGCCACUCUGCUGUAGGAUAACCAAUGGUAUGCCAUCGACACCCAAUGGGGCUGCUGGAAAAUGGGGUGACUACCGAAAGUGCGAUACACCACAAAGAACCGUGGACCAUUUGCUGCAUCACAUUGCUACCACGCACACGGAUAUUGAUUACAUUCUGUGGACAGGUGACCUUCCACCGCAUGAUGUGUGGAAUCAGACAAAGGAGGAAAAUCUCAAGAUAAUUAAGGACACCGUCAAACAGAUGUCUGAGAGCUUCCCUGGAAUUCCAAUCUUCCCAGCACUUGGGAAUCAUGAGAGUGCUCCCGUGAAUAGCUUCCCACCACCGUAUGUGAAUCAGGUGGACACCUCCAUUGCCUGGCUAUACGACGAGCUAGACGUGCAGUGGCGCAAAUGGUUGCCCAGCAGUGUCUCUCAUACUGUACGUCGUGGUGCCUUCUACUCCGUUCUCGUACGCCCGGGCUUCCGUAUUAUUUCCCUCAAUAUGAACUACUGCAACAACAAAAAUUGGUGGCUCCUACUGAACUCAACAGAUCCCGCCACGGAACUCCAAUGGCUCAUCUACGAGCUACAGAGUGCUGAAUUUUCUAAUGAAAAAGUUCACAUUAUCGGCCAUAUUCCACCAGGACAUUCAGACUGUCUCAAAGUAUGGUCACGAAAUUACUACAAAAUUGUUUCGCGGUACGAAAGUAUCGUGACGGGGCAAUUCUUCGGUCAUACGCAUUUUGAUGAAUUUGAAAUAUUCUACGAUCCCGAUGACCUCAGUAGAGCCACAAAUAUCGGCUAUAUUGGACCAUCAGUCACACCGUACAAUGACCUCAAUCCAGGCUAUCGCAUUUACUAUGUGGACGGAGAUCACGGUGCCACCACGCGCCUUGUCGUUGAUCACGAGUCAUGGAUCAUGAACCUGAGAGAGGCAAAUCUGUAUGAUUAUCCCAUUUGGUAUAAACUCUACUCAACGAGGGCAGCAUACGCCAUGAAGGGUUUGCGACCGUCGGAUUGGGAUGAAUUUGUGACGAAAAUGGCAGAAAAUCAGGAGCUCUUCGACCUGUAUUACAAACACUACUGGAAGAAUUCAAUUGUACGACCCGAAUGCAACUUUGAGUGUAAGAAAAGGAUUUUAUGCGACGCCAAAAGUGGUCGGAGUCACGACAGGAAGCACUUUUGUGCGGAGGUUGAAUCCAAAAUUGAUGAUUACAGCAACAAAGGUUGGAGAUCUUGGUUUUAUCAUGGAUUUAGCGUUUCGUAUGUAUUUGAUGAAUUAUUUCCAAAGACGACACAAGAACUGGUUGAGGAUGACACCAAUUAGUUAUACUUUGUUAUAACAAAAUUAAACAGCUAAAAAAAAUAAGAAACAGAAAACAAACCACUCUUGGUGGAGGUGGUGUGUGGGAGGGUAUAAUAUCAAUAACAUGGGGACAAAAAAGACAAUGGAUACGGUGUAGAGCAGUUUUUUUUGCAUAAAUUUUCUUUAAUAUCCUUUUGGUAACUCUGUGCGCUAUUAUGUGUGGCUGGAUGGUGCUCAAAUGAAUUUUUUACUACUUUAGGGAAGGAUAUACAGAAUAACCUGUCUAUUUUCUGCCUCUUUUCAUCCUCAUUUCCCACUGAAUUUCUCUCGUGUUUUUUUCUCGUUCAUUUUCAUUCUGUGUUGCUCUUUUAUUGAGCAACUUCAUUCCUCGUUCUUACUGCUUUUUAUUGACAUCAGAGUUGAAAUUUUAUUAAAUGAAGAUCAUGUGAGUGAGAAUACAAUUUUGAAAAAAGAGAAAGAAUAUCAAAAUAUUUUCAGUCUUUUUGUCAUUUUAUUAAUUUUUUUUGCUCGAAAAAAAAAAAGACAUUUCUUACCAAAAGAAAAGUUGCAAAUGCGAAUGAGUAUAAAGAUCACAAAAUAUUCUUUUAAUUAAGUAUAAUUCAAUGGAAAAGAUCCUUAAAAACUAUUUGAUACAAAUCAACAAAUUUCACUCGUUUUUAGGUACAAAGAGACUGUAAGAAAUUCUUUAAUAAAAUUUUUCUUUGACGAUCGUUCAAUUCAAGAUUUAAUAAAAUUUCAACUCUGCUUUAUCACAAUCUUUCCUUUACACGUUUGAAUUAUUUUAAUUAACAUUACAUAUAUAAUGUAUACCAAACUUGGGUCUUUUCAUCUCCAUUUCAUUAUUCACUCUCUUUUCGCAGGAUGAAUGUCCUUAUGUCGAUAGCAAAAUUGCCAAAGUACGUCUUUAGGCUGGGAUAGCGGAGCUCCUCCAUGCCCGAGAUUUCGUCCCCAAGAUUGUGUCGAGAUGCCAUUUUGUGUUUUAUAAGAUUUGCAAUAAAUUUAAUUAACUUGACCACAA